GCUGGAAAACUGUGUUCUGGUUCGAAAUAUAACUGAUCCCCCUCCCGCAUGGCGAGAGUCAACAGAAGGGGGGAGAGAGAGUGAUGGACGGGUCUAAAUCUCGUCCGUUGAUCUUGGUUACGAAUGACGAUGGAAUCUUUGCACCAGGUUUGAGAGCUCUUGUUCACGCCCUCGUCUCCACAGGCCGCUACCAUGUGAACGUCUGCGCGCCCGAUUCUGAAAUGUCGGCUGUUGGUCAUGCUGUCACUGUUCGUGAUGCUCUUCGUGUGAUUCCAGUUCAAAUAGAAGGAGCAACGGCAUAUGCAGUAUCUGGAACACCAGCAGAUUGCGCUUGUCUGGGAAUCUCUCAAGCACUUUUCACUUCUUCAACUCCUGAUUUGGUGAUUAGUGGCAUUAACAGAGGCUCCAAUUGUGGGUACCAUGUUGUUUAUUCUGGGACCGUUGCUGGUGCUCGAGAGGCUUUCAUUUAUGGUGUACCAUCAAUAGCCAUGUCAUUUAAUUGGAUAAGAGGUAAAAGUGGUGAUAAUGACUUUAAGAUUGCUGCUGAGGCUUGCUUGCCUAUCGUAGAUAUGGUACUGACUGGGCUCAAGAAUGGAACUUAUCCUACAGGAACCUUUCUUAAUGUCGACUUUCCUACAGAUGUAGCCAGUCAUAAGGGUUAUAAAGUGACUAAACAAGGGAAAUCUAUGAUCAAAACCAUGUGGAAGAAAAUCACUUCACAAGAUGUGGAUGUAUCCAAUUCAACAGUUGUCCCUCCUGUCGAUAAGGGAAAUCUCGAACAUAAGAAGUCAGCCUUAAAGAAUAUUGAAGUUGUCUCUGUUCCAAGUGCUGGAGAAAUUGGUUCAGGUUUUUCAGGCCCUUUAUUGUUCAAAAGACAGAUUUCCGAAUUUGAGUAUGGGGAGGAUGGAGAAGGAAUGGACUUCGGAGAACUUGAACGUGGAUAUAUAACAGUCACACCGCUCGCUGCUCUGUCCCAUGUAGAAGCUAAAGCUCAGGAAUAUUUUAGUGGCUGGGCAUCUUGUCUGGCAGAAUAUUCGACGUCUUCUGCCUUAUAAAAUGAAUCAUAUUUUGUUCAAUGCGUUUCCAUUCCUGGGCAUCAUUUUAGUCUGUUUGGGAUCUUCUAUUUGAUUAAGGGUUGGCCUUAUUUGUCCACAUGACCUGGCUAUAUUUACAUAGAACAAUAAUGUUCUAUGUAGUCUCGGUACAGACCUAGUCCAAUUUCCUUAUUAUUGUCACAUUUAAUGGUUGAGACUCCUUGAUAACUAUGUUGUUCAAAAUUGUCUAUUGCCACAUGCAGAUUUAUUUUCC